UCUAGGUGGGGGGAAAAGAUCCGCUUUUUAUCAGAGGUGGAGAAAAGAAAAGGCAAAAAGAAGCAGACGCCACACCCAGACCACACACACGACCGCACGAAACCGCCCGAUCCCGAUGGCCGUCGACGGCGCCGAGCUCAUCCUCUCGGUGCCGGACGACGUCCUCGCCCUGAUCUCCGCCCACCUCCGUCCCCGCGACCUCCUCGCGCUCUCCGCCGCCUCGCGCCGCCUCCACGCCGCCCUCUCCGCCUCCGACAAGUCGUGGCUCGCCCAGUGCCGCCGCCUCCUCCCCUCCUCCCCGUCCAACCUCCUCGCCUGGCGGGCCGCCGCCGGGGGCUCCUCCCUCACCGUCUGCCGCUUCCUCCACUCCGUGUCCCCGCUUCAAGGCCUCUGGGCGCACCAGAACCCCGAGCUCGGCAACCUCGUCGCCGCGCUCCCGGGCUUCUUUUCCCUCGUCGCCGUCCGCGCCAUCCCCCAGGAGCUCUCCCCGCGCCUCCUCUGGGCCCCCGUCUUCGAAAUCCUCGCCGACGCCGACGGACGCCCCGCGCUCCUCUUCCUCCACGGCCACCACCCCGGCUUCCUCUUCCCCGGCCUCCUCGCCUCCGUCAACCCCCACGCCAACACACUUCUCCUCGAGGCGCACGCGCCUGUCUCCUCCGACCCUUCGUCGCAGUUCUCCCGCCUCUCCUUCGGCAACCGCCGCCGCCUGCUCGACGCUCUCGUGGCCUCGUGUCGCGUCACGCUCCCGCCGGAGCUCGCCGCGGCCCCGCUCUUUGCACGCUCCGAUGAGGACCUGCCGAUGCUCGCCGCCCGUCGUGAGGCGAUGCUGCGUCUGCACAUUGAGUCCAGAGGGGGCAUGGUGCGCAGGGCGGAGCUCGAGGCGCUGCUGGGGGCCAAGAAGAUGCCGCCGUCGCUGCCGGUGGACAGCGCCGGUGAGAGGGUGCGGCUGCGGAGGAGUCUCUCUGCGAUGGCUGGGUACGUCAGGAACGGGCUGCGGCAGAUGGUGACGCGCUCUGCAUCAGCCAAUUCGAGGUCGGAGUACGCGGACAGCAAGCAUCCGUCAUUGGACGAGUUCUUGCGCGCUAGUGAGAGCACCGGCCUGAGCCUCCGGGGCGCGCGGCUGCGGCUGUCGACCUACCGUGCGUGGCCGAGCAUGCACGACAACCGGUUUGCGCUCUACAAGUUGACGGCGCAGGUGCCCAUGCCCGGUCGGGAAUAUGCCGGGCUGUGGCGAGGCACAUUCGGGUGGCCACCGGGGCGGCCAGACGACGAGCGCAAACCAGGGAAAGCUCUCUUCUUCCUGCUCCUCUCAUACGAGGAAGACAGCGAGGGGAAGCUUCUUCUGAUUGCAACCAAGGUGUUGGAGGGCACGCACUAUGUCGUCCAUCCCAAUGGCUCGUCCAUGUUUGUGGUGCGGGUGGGUGAAUCCUCAACAGAGGCAUUUCCAUGGCCGACCGACGAGGAUUCCCGCAGUGUUAGCAUUAAGAGAAGCUUUGCUGGAGAGGGCAUUGCUACUGGGUAUGGGUUCAGGUACCCUGGCUCAAAGCCUGGGUCACUGUUUGUUCUCCGGGAUGGCCGACUCGCCUUUGUUUGGAGAGACAACAAGUCUGUGCUCACCUUGCAAAGGCUCAACUUGGAGGAGCUGCUGAGGACAGGGGAGCGUGUGCCCACAUUGCCACCGAUACCAAACUUUGCGUAUCUCACAAAGUCUUACUCCAAUGUGUUUGUUGCUAUCCAUGGAAGUUCCAGCUGCUCAUCUUCUCCCAGGUGAAAGGCGCAAGGUGAGGGUCAGGAAAUGAGACUAUCCACCUGAGGCGGAGGUAAAGCGAUCAAUGCUUCCGUAUCAAGCUCUGACGUCCCUUGGCAGGCUACAUACCGAAGCCUGCUCACGUUGGUAUGAUGUCCCGUGUGCUGGGAAGAAGGAUAGCAGCAGUGAGAAGUAUAGUAUCCUCAAGUAAAUGCCACUUUCAGUAAGAAAACAGGAAAUGGCAUCGAUAUACGUAACUGUAUUGCCCUUAUCUUCGUUAUUGGCAUGCUUCUGCUUUAAGAAUUGUCCACAUUAAAAAGGAAUGAGCCGCCUGCCAUUCAGCACCAAGCCCCUGCUCCAAGUGCUAAAAUGGCGAGAAUUGUAAUGUUUUUUUUUUUUUUGCGAUACUAUAGAUUGUUGAAUGUAUUGGAUAUAUUAACGGUUUCCUAAUUGAUUUAAUCCAUAAAUAGAUCAUGAACAUGACAUUAGCGAUAUUAAA